UUUUUCCUGAGAGGCUGCUGAGUUGAAGUGAAACCAUGCCACGCAGACAUUCCGCAGGCCGCCGCUCCGAUGCAAGUGAGGUGGACGACAUGGAGGGACUGGCUGAAAGUGAGCUGGCGAAGCUCCAGCGUCAGUACCGUAUUAUGGAGGGGGAUCGUCAGGCAUACAGUGUGGAGUCGCAGGAUUUGAUUCGCAGACAAAGGGCCGAGAUUGACAAGCUGCAAGCAGAACAGAACGAGCUGUUCAAGGACCUGAAGCUGUCCCGCAGCAAGUUCAACAAGGUCAAGGACGAGGAGAACAAGGAUGUCCUGAAGAACCUGGUGGCUGCUAAAGAUGAAUAUGGAUCAGCCAUCGAAGCUGAAAAGGAGAGAAUUGCUGAACUUGACAUUGAGAUCCGUAAGUGGGAGAGGAAAGUGGACAGCCAGCGGAAGUCGAUGGGAGGCAGCAACAUCGGCCGUGAGCACGAGGUCAAGGUUCGCAAGCAGAUGAGGGUCCUGGAGAACAGGCUGGACAGGAGUACGAAGGGUUUUAAUGAGGCACUGACGAGGAAUGCAAAACUGAGGGAAGAGAUUGACAGUCUCCGAACUGAGAGGGCCAGAUUUGAGCAGCUGUUCAAGAAGCUGGACAAGGAACUGAAAGACACUAGGAAGGAGAUCGGGGAGACCAUUGAGAGUUCCACGGCGGCGUACGACUCGCGUGACGAGGCGCAGGCCAAGAUGAUCCUGCUGAAGGAGAAGGCAGACAAGGACCUGGCGCAGCACACGCAGGAGACCAAGGAGCUGCAGCGGGUCAUCGACCAUGACAGGAAACUGAAGGAGUUCAUGGGCAUCAAGACCAUGGAGAGGGAGGAGGACGAACAGGCGCGGGCACAGAGGAUUAAGAGGGAAAUGGAGGAAGCAGAGCGUAAGAAGAAGGAAGCUAAGGAGGAGAGUGUGGAGACCUACGAGGAAGCUUUCAUGAAGAUUCGUGAAGUUACAGGGGAAGAGGACCUGGACCUCCUGGUGGAAAAGUUUAUUGAAACGGAGGAUCGAAACUUUGCACUUUUCAACUACGUGAAUGAGCAGAACAAUGAGCUGGAGAAGCUUCAUGAUGAAAUUGAAGAGAUCCAGGAGGAGAUCAAGCGGUUCCAGCAGCAGGGUGUGUCCAUUGAGCAGCAGCGGCAGCUCAUCCUGAAGGACCUGGAGGAGCAGUCGGAGACGGCGGGCAAGACUGCCAACGAACACGACGAGAGGAGCAAGGCCAUCAACAAGAUCCUGGACCAGCUGAAAGCAGGGAUAAACUCGCUCUUUGACAAGCUGAGCUGUGACCGGACAGCUCUGCAGGACAUGUUGGGGGGGACGGAGGGCGUCAGAAACGACAACAUGAUGCAAUACCUGGGGGUCAUCGAGGAGAGGACCAAUGAGCUGUUAGCAUCUCAAGCAUACCUCAUGUCAAAGGACUACGAGAGACCAUACGACCCCAAACUCAACAGUCUUCUCGGGGAGGGACCAACCAAACCACCCCCUCCUCUGCAAAUAGAACCUCCCACUACUGGGGAUGACUAUGACAGUGAUGAUUCUGCCCAGCCAAGUGAUGAAGACCAGAGACCGCUCACACAGAGUGAACUGAAGAACAGGGUCAUGAAAGGGGUUAUUAAAAAAGAAAAAGCAGCUGGACAGAAGAAGACAUUUACAUAUGACUUGUCAGGUGCAAAGGAUCUAAAACAGUCGAAAUCCUACGAAAAGAAGAAGGGAAAACACUAGGACACACAAAGAUCCAAUGUCACUCUGCUAUUUGUACAUACAUAUUUUACGCCUAUGCACAUAAUGUUGCACAAAUUAGUACUGGUGUUCAAUGAGCUAAUAAUCAGUUAUUAGAAAUGUUGAUUUUACAUGUACAUGAUGACAGUACAUCUGUUAUGAUUUGCUUAUUUCAAACAUAUUUCAUAUGAUACACCUGUUGUCAUGUUAUGACUUAUAUAAUGUAUUUAAUUCAGUUUGAAAAUUGUAUUAAUCAAGUCUGGAAUAUGAAGACAUAAUUUACUUGAUGAUUUAAUUUUCCGUUAAAUCCAUAGUUUAGCUUACAGAGCAUCUCUUCUGAAGUGAUGCAAGUGCAAUUUGUGAUUUGAUAUGUUAGACAUGUCUGAAAAGAAGCUUAUGUCGUGGACAUGCAUAAUCUAUAUCUUUCAAUUUGUUUGGACCACUACAAAUAUUCUACAACCAAAACAGUUUCAUGCUGUGGACAUUUUUGAAAAAAUGCAAAGAUGUGGUGUUCAAGUUGUUUCUUUCACAAGCACAGAAUGGUCAUUCCAUUUGGUUAAAAAGAAUUAAGCAAUAGGAAAUGUUUAAUCUUCCACCUCACUUCGGUGGUUUUGUAACAUGCAAAUCUUACUACAUGUACUUUGUACACAUAUCAUAGUAUUUUGUAGAAAUGUGGUCCCUAUAGACAAUAUUUUGACAAUGUUAAUGUUGAUGUAUACAUAUAUGUUGAACAUAUUAGUAAACAAAAAUAUAUCAUUUCAUCCUCAUUUGUCCGGUGUUUUG